UAGCCCACAGUCGCGUUUGCACCGAUCUAGCGAGCGGUAGACUUUUGCGCUGACCGAGAGAAAGGAGCCAACAGAGCCGAGAACCUGAAUCAGAACGGGGCCAGAAUCGCAGCAAAGGAGUAAAGUAACUAGGACACACCUCCGGGCAGCAGACAAAAUGAGCCAGAACCAACUGAGCACCGAGCAACUGCUCUUCGAGGAGAAGCCUCUUUAUGUGCCCCCAUUGUCGGAACUGCAGAACGUUAUACAGGGUGCCCUGACCGCCAACUUUGCCAAAGUGGACGUGAGUGUGGGUCCUUGUCCGGAUUUGAAGGCCCAGCAGUUUGGUCUGGUGGAGAGUGGACUGGGUGGCAAACCAACUCUGCUGGAGGCAGGAGGCCCACCCUUUUUGCUGCCCUUGGUGCAGCGCGAUAAGUUGUACAACAUCAAGGAGAUCACGCGCAAGAUCCAGGGUCCUGGCAAGAUCUUUGCCGUGGGCGCAGGAGCAGGUCCUUGGCCAAUCCGGGGAUCCAACUGCGAGGGCAUCUUCAAUCUGUCGGUGAGCGAGAAGGAUGAGCUCACGAAUGGGAGCUACACUGCCACGGUGAGGGGGGAACAGGAGGAGUGUGUCCUGGAGAAGAUCCCCCACACGGAGCCCCGCUGCGCUUUGCUCCUCAACCUCUUCCUCAGCCAAGGGAAACCCGGUCAGGUCCUGAAGAUCACCGCCAAGCAACGCACCGGCGAACUGAACUUCAUCGAGUGCAUCCGCAAGGGUCUGGAGAACCACUACGGCGAUAAGGUGGUGGGUCUGGGAGGCAUCUUCGUGAUCAAGAAGGGCGCUGCCCAUCAGCACGUGAUGCGGGACUUCAGCAAGACACCCAUCCACACCGACGAGGAGGUCAACGAAUGGCUCAAGUUCUACGAAAUGCCUGCUCAGCUUAAUGCCGUGGGCACUUUGGUGACCAAGGAGCACGACCUUGACCUUCGCCUGCAGCACUUCCACUCCUUCUCCUUCAGCAACUGGGGUGGUCACUACCAUUACGAUACCACGCCCGAUGUUGUGGAGUACGAGGCCUACUUGAAUGUUGCUGAACGGGUGGUGAGGGUGGACAAGCCCGAGGCCACUCACAAGGUCGGACGAGACUAGAUCUUAUCUCUCAUAUCUAGUUGUAGAUGACUUUUCCAUUUGCCCCAAAACCCCCCAUAAAUAAUUGUAAAUAAACAAAAUAAAAACUUUAAAAUAGA